GCUUGACUUUCGACCGAGAGCACGGUAUAUACGAAAUUAGUAUUAAAGUAAUUUUUAGUAGGCCUUAAUUCAGAAGUUAGUAAAGAACUGAAAAAAGUGUUUGGAGAAGCUUGAACAGAAAAGAACAAUUAUUGUUUCAACAGAUGCAUCUCUCCGUCUGAGUGUUGAUAAGCGGCAAACUCGUUACUGUCCAAAUCGAAUGCUUUCACUGAAGCUUGUCUCUUGCAGAUCCCUGAAACAGCCAUAAAAGUCUCAUAAGAUGUUCAUUAAUACAGAAAUUGAUCUGGUUACUGCAGACACAAAUCUUGAGUUUAUCUUUACUCAAGCUGAAUCUUGCAGUCAGUAGGAUUUGGUAUAUGAUGCAUACAUCUUAUUACUUCUGCUAAAACUUUUAACAAUUUCUGUACAUCAAGUUGAUGAUUUAUGUAUAAAUAUUAAGAGCUGAGACUGCUAGCUACACUCUGUUAGUUUCUUUAUUUCUUCAUUUGUGGAACACUUGAUCGUCUGAAAGGGCUCCACAUUAAUGUCAUAUCGAAGGGACUGAAGAGGUCCUAUUUUGUGAAAGCAUGCGAAGACCUGUUAUCUGUGUUAGUGCAGACAUUGUAAACAUGAAUACACCAAACCAGCAAAAUCAUGAAGCUAGCAGUGAAAGCCGUAUGGAUCGGUUGCGGAAACUUCUUAGUUCUCCUCUGUCCAGAAGAAAAUCGACUUCUUGUCCAGCAAAAACUUUUGGAGUUCCUCUGGAAGCUUUAGUGGAAAAGAAUUCUCCUCAGGGUUCAGUACCAUUUGUGGUCAACAGGCUCUGCCGUUUUAUUGUUGAAAAUGGUUUGAAACAAGAAGGUUUAUUCAGAAUAGGAGGUAAUGCUCGCUUGAUAGACAAACUUAAAACUGCUAUAGACCAGACUGGGGAUGCUCAGUUAGAGACAGAAGGAGAUGUGCCCUCUGCUGCCAGCUUGUUAAAGCUUUUCCUUCGAGAACUUCCUGAGCCAGUUGUACCUGCUUCACUCUGUCCUGAGUUUCUGAAUGCUGUUCGAAAUUGUGGAGAUCAAAGAGAGGAAUGUGCUAUGAUAUUGAAGUGUCUGGUAGAAAAGAUGCCUUUUGAAAACUUCAACCUCUUGAAGUACCUCUCACAGUUUUUGAAGGAAGUUGCUAAUCAUGAGGAACAAAACAGAAUGGGACCAUUAGCACUAGGUAUUGUGUUUGGACCCAACAUAUUCAGGUUCUCUGAUGACAUGAAAGGUUUAAAAGAUCAAUCAGUAACUAAUCAAGUGAUUGGAUACUUUAUUACUGACUAUUAUGCAAUAUUUGAAGGUGACUCUGAGUUAUAUUUAACUAAGAAUUCUGCUGUUAGGCAGGAAAAGGAACCACUUACAAUAGAAAGGAAACCUUCAAAACUGUCAGUUCCCAUAGAUUCAGAAAAGCCAAAGCGGAUAGCUACUGCUCCAACUUCAGUUAGUCAGUCUUUGGCUUUUGAGCCUUUGUCCAUUGUUAUACCACCUUUAGAAAAAUAUGUUAUCCAAGAGAAGCAGGUCCCUGCUUUAAUCGUAGAUAGAGUUGUAGAACAGACCAUAAACCAAAGAAUAAACAAACAUCUGUUUGGAGAACACAUGAAAGACCCAUAUAGUGUUCAUUUGUCCCAUAAAAGAAAGCGUAAGGAACGUAGACUGUCGGAGGAAGAGCCAAAGAGCUCAAGAUCAAACUCCGAGGAACGUCUUUUGGAUUGGGGACCAGUCACUGAAGAUGUGACAUCAAUUCGUCGUUGCAGUAGUCAUGAAGAGAUUACUCCCAAAGAAUCAAUAGAGAAUGUACAAGAUAAUGCAGAUCAGAAACAGGUUCUUAAUAUAGAAAGUCGAGAGAAACAGUUUGUUGACUUAAGCCCUCAUCCACCUCAGGCAAAGCGUCGAGAUGUGAAUGGCUCCAAGAAUCUUGAAUUACCUGUGAAAAUUGAAAAUCAAAAUCCUCAACCUUCGCAGCAUCAAGAAUUUAACGAUGUGCAUGAAGCCCGAAGAAGUGCUGAACGCCUUACUCCGUUUCACAGAUCUCCUAUUGGUAAAAUACGACGUUCUCCAAGUAGAACCUUACACAGAAGUCUAGAUUUAGACAGUAAAGGCCAAACAAGCUCAGAGGAAAAGGAAAGAAAAUACAGCAUUCCCGAUGGUGUCAAUUUACCACUGGAUGGUGAUGGUUCUUUUUCUCAUACUGACUCUGAGCCUUGUAAAGAAAAUGUACACUUGACUGAGGGGAUUUCUAGAGAGCAGGAUGAAACACACAAGUUGUCCAAAGUAUGUACUAUCCACAAUAUGCCAGGAAAUCAAUUCAGUGAUGGUCAGGUUCGUAGUACCUUUGUGGAUCACCUUGAUUUUCGUAGUCAUGAUGAACUUCAUAAUAGUCAUCAUUCUCAUCACCAUAAUUCCAAAGGCUAUAACUCACACUACACUGAAGAAUGCUUGUCACACCCAAUGUUGGAACUUCAUCCCAUGGAAAACUUUCUUAUAGGAAGAGGUGAAAAUGAACAGAAAAAUGGUUCUCCUGGAGAAAAUAAUUCUUCAAAAGAUGAUUCAUCUGUUGUGGCUUUUACUUCUCUGUAUGAAGGAGCAGACGGAACUGAACCAGUACUCUCCGAACAUCGUUAUAGUUGGCCAUUAGUCAGGCCUGGUCGUGAAGAUGAUACAGCACUUUCUCCUUCUUUCCAUUACCUUCGAAAAUCAAAUAGUCUUCAUUUGGACCCAAGUCUUCCUCCUUCACCACCAGUGGAACAAGAUAUUUUUCAUAAAAGUCCUCACAAGCGUAGUGAAGAAACAGUAACUGCGAAGCAAGUGAACAAGAAAAUUCACAUGUUGAAAAAGAAAAUAAGAAAAUUUGAAGAAACAUUUGAAUCAGAACAUGGGUUCAGGCCAUCUCAUGCAGAGAAGAUGAAUUAUCCAGAGAUAAAAAAGCUUCUCCAAGAGUUGAGUGAAGCCAGGAGGGACCUGAAAUAUUUGAAGAAGAACAGUGUACAGAUAGUGGAGAAGGAGUUGCAAACUUUCAGAGAAAAUCUGAAACUGUUGAAGGAAGAGCCUGAUUACACAGAGAAGGAAAUAUCAGAGUGUGACAACAAUCUGAACAAACCAACUGUGGAAGAGUCACUAGAUGUAGCACUUAAAAGUCUGUCAGAUAAGAGACGAUUGGCUCAAAGACCUGAUGAUAUAGAGAAAAUGACCAAGGAACAAAUAAUGGAUGAGAAAGUUGCCAUCCAAAAGGCUCUGCUUAGGUUUGAGAGCAUUCAUGGAAGACCUACACCUAUUUCUGACAGAGAGCUGGUACGCCCACUGUAUGAUCGCUAUCGUACUAUGAAAAGAUUGGUGACAAGGUACAAUUUGGUUGGAGGGAUUGGAGGCAAAGGAAAGGAUUCAGGUUCAGAGUUACAACCAAUUUUGGAGCAUGUAGCUAUGGAUUUCAUAUCACCUCAGCCUCGAGAAGAAGGAAUGCAGGAAGAAGGACAGGAUGCUGUUCUUUCGACAGAAAAGCUGGUCCUGCCAGCUGACUCGGCUGUGAAGCUACAAAGUGUAAAUGAAGUUCCUAUCAAUAUUGAUCCUGUGAAUGAACAAGACAUUAUUGCCCAGUCCAAGUCUGAUGUCCCUCCAAAAUACGAUAGCUCUAAUUUGCAUGAACUUCCUUUGGCUGAAUUGCUUUAUCAACAGCAUCAAGCACGAACUGAGAAAAGAAGGUUACGCAGAGUUUUACGAGGAUUUGAAGAUGAUUUUCAAAAGCAGACUGGAAGGAAGGUGCAAAAGGAAGACAGAAAUACAAUGGAGUCUGUGUAUGGAGAGUAUAAACAUUUAAAAGCACGUCUACGAUUGUUGGAAGCUUUGGUAUCCAAACAUGAACACCACAGAAUGAUGUGAGAGUUGUUUCAGCGUAUGGUCACAUUAUGUGGUGAGAGGUGAUUUAGUACAAAAUGUGCGGGUAUCUACUUCUCAGUUCAGAGCCACUGAGGAUAUUUUUUUGUACCUGAAUGUGUCACUGAAUAAAGGACUGGAAGUCAUAUUGCUUUCCUUUAGCUAGAAAUUGACUUCAAGAGAUGUAUGUCCCUCAUUUGCAUGUAGGUUAAGGUCAAGUAACCGAUUGUUAUUACUGUUAUUAUUAUUAUUAUUAUUAUUUUUCAAAUGUAUAUGUGUACACUUGUGUAAUUCUACCCUUGUUGCAGAUGAUAAUGGCCAUUAUCAUAUGUUAAGUUUUCUUUUCAAUAAAGUUAAUGUGAAAGUUUUGUUAGAAGCAUACAUGUGAAUAUCAUUUUAUCAUAUUUCUAUUUUAUAAGUGUUUCUGACUGUAUAUAGAUGUACGUUUACUAUCUUGUGACUGCUGUAAAUUCUGUACUGUAUGUUCCUAGUUUCCUAGAGAUGUGAGAAAGGAAAGUUGAGUUUUCUUUUAGAACAAGUGCUGUGAUAAUUUAUCAACUGUGCUAAAAAAGAUGUUAACAUUUGAAAGACAUAAGUUUGUGCAUUUUUCAAUCACUGAUAUUAUUAGAUUUUUAUAUAUACAUAUAUUAAAUUUUUAGGAUAAAAACCAUUAUUUAAGUUGUGGUUACAACUGUAUUAACAUUGUCAGUAAACAGCAUUUCACAGUUGCUUAAAUUCAUCUUUUGCAGCUUUUCAUAUUACCAGAAUAUAUCGAUUUUUUUGUUGUUUUGGGAUUAUCAUGUUUGUUUAUUACAAUGUUAUUGUUUUUUUUAUCACAGGUGAUCUUAUAAUAUAUGUUGGAUUUACACAAACUUGAAUGUCAAUAAAAAUUAACAACACAUUUCAAGUAACCAGAAUCUAUAUAAUAUAAAAUAAUAUAUAUAAAAGCUCUUAAUCUUAUCUUGGUAAGGGGGUAUUGGCAAUCUUUAAUUUUUUCACUGAUGUAUGAAUUUGUUGGAAAUACUUUUUUUUUACCCACCAAAGGAAUCACUAAUCCUUAUUUAUUUGGCACUUUUUUUGCAAGUAUUAUCGACACUAAUACAUUUAAACAUAUGACAUUUAUCUAGCGUGUUAACCUUAAUUUUGUACUUUUGAGCAGAAAAAUGGUAUAGUACCACAUGUAGCUAUUAAGUGGCAUUUAAACACAUAUCAGUAUCUUUUGGAAAGAGGUCUUGAAAUUACUAGGGUUUGUAAUUGUACAAAUAAAAAAUUUGUGGUAAUCACUAACAUUAAGUAAUUUAAUUUUGGACUUAAUGUAGGUGUAGAAUAAAUAAAAUUCCUGGACCGUUGGUUAAUUGGGAGGAGGGGGGAUAAUAAGGAAUAAUCUUUUAAACUGUAACUCAAAUUAUUAAACACAAUGAUACUGGUUAUAAUUAUUAAAGAUCUAAAAGCCCUGGACAUACCAUUUUUGGAAAAGAAAAUAGUUUUCAGUUUGUAUCAAAUAAUGUGGUGAAUGUAACAAAUUUGUUUUGAGUGUCUGAAAUAUCAAGACUGGGGAAAAAAAAAAAAGCUGAACUGUAUGUAUAUAUUUAGUCUGUUAAAAAUCAUGCUCCA